CUCUCUAAUCAUGUUACGUCAGGCAACGAGGCCCUGCCCAUCUGCGGCCGGUGUGAGCACACAGGGCCCUUCUGUGAUCAUUCAAUGCCCUUCAAGUUCCGAGCAGAAGAAAGUUGCCAGGCGAAUGAACUCAGCUCCGGCGCCUGACCAUAAGUCAUCGACGGACGCCUUGUUGCAAAUUUCUCGAAAGACAUUGCGAAAUGAAGAGAUUGCCCAAUGGUUCAAGCAUUACUUGAAGAUGUUGUCGCCCUAGUAUGAUCUCAACCACUGCGAAGCCAGCUGCCCGUUGCUGCUGAGCGCUGUGACUGCUCUUGCCGCCAACACACAAGCCUCAAAUUGGCCGUUCGGUAUCCUUGGGAUCUGCCGGAUCGUGUCAAGCUUGCCUCCAACCGCUCAUCGGACUUCGUGAUUGCGACCCUACCACUGAAGAUGGGACCGUCGUUGCGGCCACGUGCUUUCCACAACGAUCCAAGAUUCUC